GAGUCAAAUCUUCCCACUUCCAAUUUCCUUUCUCAUUCGGUAAAGGGAAGAGAUCGAUGCUGUACAAUCGCCUCAACAACACUUCGUGAUGUCGUCGCUGCUCUUUGCUCGCGCGUGUGCGCCAGGCGAUGUUGACAGACCACGCGCCGUCUCGCAACAUCACUCGAUUCCUGAAGAAGCUGCCAGCGUGUUCAGCAGAAAGUCAGACAUCGUGCCGAGCGGCGUUCGGCACAACCUCCAGAAGCACUCACCGGCGGAGAUCUGCCCCUCACGUAUGACAAGAUCCACCGAAGCCCCCGCUGAGUGCAGGAGACGAACUCCACAUCCGGGGCCGAGGGAGACGGGCUGCGUCCAAAGGGCGUCUGCAGAUCGCUGCCGGAAAUACGAAGACGAACGAGAGGGCCGUCGAGGGUGCCGUCUGAAGAUGGCGGAGGAACUGGGGCAAGGGUUACGGAAGGCCUCAUCGGGAAGCCCCUGGAACCUGCGAGUGGGUUCCAGAAGGGAGGCGAGGUCAGGGAGAACGAGAGCUCCGGGCUGCCGGUUCUGGGAGUGGACUCGUCUCACCGUCGCUGUCGUCGUCUUCGCCGCCUUCGUCGCUGCCGCCUUCACCCGAUCAUUGCGCGGCCGGACAGUUGGUGGCUGUCUCGGUUGUGUAUGGGCUGGGCAGGAGGCGAGCGCUGUGUGUGAACUGCCCAAGAGUGUUUCAAUAAAGAAGGUGCCUUCUGCAACUACCUCGUCUCCGACUUGGCCCCCCGCGUGCUGCCGCAGCGCCACCGCGGUGUCCUGA